AUGUGCUUCGGUGUAGAUGCUGACUCUCCAUUCCCUCUCCAGCCCUUUCCCUGUAAUAAAUGGGUGGUUUGUGAGCAUUGUCACCCGGGGUCCCGGGCGUCUUCUCCGGCAAUUGAACUCUGUGGAGGUGCCACCGUUAGCGCACUUUCUGGUCCACUUCUGUACGUGUUCCCGGGCACCAGGGGACAAAAGGGCAUAUUGUCCAGUAUUGUACCAGAUCUCAACACCGUCGUGUGGGUCUGGCAGUCACUUGUAAAGCAAGAGACAAAACAGGAUGAUAAGAAAGGGACGAAGAUGGGCAAGAGGUCUCCUGCUGCCACUGUGGCUCCCCAGUGCGAUGAUGCAGAGACCAUUCUUCUGAAAGCGGCCCUGCUCCAGGUCAUAUGCCUUUACCAGAAGGUGGUGCCGCAUGUGGUCAUGCAGUACAACUUCGACUUCAGCAAGCUGCUGAAAGGCAUCACCUCCGAGCAGGGCCUUCGAGAGGAGGUGCCCCCCAUUCUGCAGCACCACAUGCUGCAGGUGGCGCUGGAACUGCCUGCCAGCAAGCUGUUAUGGUUAAAGGCCCAGGAAGGCCCAGAUGCAGAGAUUAUUGGAGGAGAACGAUCUGUGUUUUAUUUACUGAUGAAAAUGUUUGUGACCAGCAGCCAUUUGCAGCUCAAGUUAUCAACUAAACUCCUAAUCACUAAGGUGAGCGCCCUCCUGCCAGCGCGUGUUCGGGCAGUGCUCCGCCCUGGCCCCCUGAGCGUGCACGGCAAGGGUCCGUGUGAUGGUGUCCGUCGUUCUCCACGUCUGUCUGCCCUCAUCAUUCCCUCUCCUCGCCUCUGCGUGUUGAGCUCGUGGGGUGAGGCCACGGCUGAGAGUAUCAGCUCCACUAACAGUUGA